UCCGCCCCCACCUCUUCUCCCACCUCCGCCCACCUCUUCUCCCAUCCAUUCCACAACCACUGGAACUCUCACGCCCUCCCCAACACCCAGCUUGUGGGAAGAACUCGUUUCUCAUCACAAGGAAAAGACCAGAACGCUUGCCACUCUCAGGCAAUUCCAAGCAGAGCUGGUCUUACUGACAACCCAAUGGACUUCGAACUAUUCUCUUAACCCACCUUCCAACUCGAUCAAAAACCGCCGCUCGGUUCCUUCAGAGCCACAGGAAGCCAUGGCCGCCACGCUCAACGUCGCCAGAAGCAUUCUCGAGACUCUGGCCAGCACGCCCACCUCGAGCAGCGUUCCAGUCUAUGAGCAGGUUAUAAACGAGCUGCAGGAGAUAUUCCAGAAGUACGAAGACACUUCCUCGGGGAUGACUCCAGUGACGGAGGACGACCUGGCCAGGAUCCGCGCUCUGACAACACAACUCCUUCCCGCUGUCGACGAGGUGAUUCUGCUACUAGAGAACGAGGUCGCCGAACUGAAGCAUGAGAUCGACGCCGUGGAGGAGGAGCUCCUUGGCCCCAUUUUAGGAGGGGAUCACGUAGGUCCUCCUCUUCCUAUGUCCACCGAAGAUCAAUCCUCUUGGGAGAUUUUCAGCUUGCCAAAGACCCACUCGUUGGUGCCGUCUUCCUCGAUGGUCCACGGCCUCGUUUCCGGUUACAAGAUCGAACUCUUGUCGCAGUCCCUUCGGCAGGAUAUGAGCAUCGGGGACAACGCAACGGAAUUCGUUGUAAACCACAGAGACAAAAUCCGAAACGUCGCCUUCAAAGCCCAUCUUCGGGCGGGCGAUGUGAACGGCGUGAACGUGACGCGCCUGAGGGAGUCUGGCGUAGCUCUGGAUGCCGCGAGAGUGAACGUUUCGCUGUCGUUCGUACAACACGUCGGGGUGGCGGGGAAUGUGACCGUGGAACAAAUUAACGGAGUCCCCGCUGAAGAAUACGUCACGAAGGACGGAACUUUUACCUUUGAUGCUCCUGUUCAGUUCAUGGAGGGCGUGAUGAUGAAGGAAAACGUGACUGUGACCUCGACCCUCAACGACCUCGAUCUCGGCAACGUGACCUCGAAGAUGGCCAGGGUCACGGGCGCUAAGAAUUUCCAGACUGACCUCGUCUUUGGACACGUGGAUGCUGGGAGUGUGGACUCCCCUCGCGUCACCAUCUCGGACGUCGGCUUCGGGGACACCGUGAAGAAGAACGAGUCUGCGAUCAUUACAGGACGCAAGAUCUUCCUGGGAGACCUCCACGUGGAUUCGGGUCCUGUGCAGGCUCGAGAUGUCGCGGCGGAGACUCUGGACGGCGCAAACGUCACCGACUUGUUCUUCGGGUCGCUGAGGAAGAGCCCGCGUGAUUUGCAGGUGGUUGAGGGAGGCUUCAAAGUCCAGACACUGAAGAUCGAGAAAAAUUUGUCAACGGAAGGCUUGACCAUUCUGCCGCGCGACGAUAGUGUCCCAUACUUAAUGAAUUUCACGAGCUUCUCUCGCCACGUGGUAUACAAAGAUGAAGACUGUAUUAUCCGUGGUGAUCUCGUACUCUUUGGUAACACUGAAGUCCACAAUUUAGGUUUUCAUGAUAGCUUCGAUGGUGUUCCGUUCAGCCGCUACGAGGCUGGGUGGCUGCUGCAGGAGGCCAACCAGACGCUGAAGGGACAUUUGACCGUCGCUCCCAAUAUGAAUGCGCUGCGAGUCGUGACCUUGCCCGGUGUCACGGUCCAGGGCGUUGACGUUGUUUCCCUGAACACCUCUGCCAUGAAGGUGGAUGAGUCCGAGACCUUCUUCGGGCCGGUAGUUUUCGAACUGGUCUCUUCAGAGGGCCCAGUGACGGUGGACGGGCGCGUCCAGGGCUGGGACCUCUCCGCGGAGGGCAUCGUCCAGACGGCGUCCAACCCCUCCGGGGAGCGUGUCCUCGUCUUCACCGGAACCAAGACUUUCCUUGGAGAAACGUUUUACGGCGCGGACUUCAAUGUCACGGGGCUGGUGAACGGCGUCGAUCUGGAGAGCGUCUCUGCCCCCUUCAACUACCAUCACUUCCACAGCGACUCGGCCAUAUUCUUAGGAGAGGUGAAGGGCGAGGAGGUGCAUCUCGGGAAGGAUCGAGACAUCCUAGACGCCGGUUUCGCCGAUUCCUUCUGGAGGAGUGACCAGCCUGCUUUCCUCCCCAACACCUUCUCUUUUGACAAGGUGGCAGCGGUGCAUGUCACGACGAAUUCCACGGUCAACCAGGUGAAUCUUAAGGACUUCGACGCCUCGGUCCUUCGUAACUACUGUGCGGGAGGAAGCCAAGAGGUCGCUGGGUCCUUUUCCUUCACCAACCUGACUGUGUCUUCGCUUCAGACGACUUUCGUGCAGACUGAAACCUUGGACACGUGGCCAGCAAGUGAUCUCAUGAACAUCAUGACCCAAGACGAGAAACAGACCAUCACAGGCAGGUCAUAA